CCGCCAGCCCGGAGAGCCUCCGCGCCGCCUACCCGACGUUUGCUCGGCGGCACUUCCCGGCGCCCUCACCUGGCCGCCGGCUCUCGUUGCCCAGGACAGAAGCGGAGAGUGCUGCAGACACGGAGUUCCUGAGCCUUUAAAAGAAGAGCUUCCCCAGAGUCGGUGCUGAUCGCAGUCCUGCACGCCAUGAGGGCCCUGGUGCCUCUUCUGUCCCUGUUCCUCCUGGGCACCCAGGCCCAGCAUGGGACCGAGUGGACCUACUCAGAUGGGGCGCUGGAUGAAGCACACUGGCCGCGGCAGUACCCUGACUGCGGGGGGCAGAAACAGUCCCCCAUCAACCUGCAGAGGAAGAACGUUCGGUACAACCCUUCCUUGGGGGCGCUCAACCUGACAGGCUACGGCGCCCAGGUGGGCAAGUUCUCCAUGACCAACAACGGCCACACAGUUCAGAUCACCCUGCCCCCCACCAUGCAAGUGACCACCAUGGACGGCACCAGGUACAUAGCCCAGCAGAUGCAUUUCCACUGGGGCGGCGCGUCCUCGGAGAUGAGCGGCUCGGAGCACACCAUCGAUGGGGUCAGACAUGUGGUCGAGAUUCACGUUGUUCACUACAAUUCUAAAUACAGGAACUACGAUAUCGCCAAAGAUGCCCCGGACGGGUUGGCCGUACUGGCAUGCUUCGUUGAGGUGAAUGAUUACGCCGAAAACACUUACUACAGCAACUUCAUUUCUCAUCUGGCCAACAUCAAGUACGCGGGACAAAGCACGAUUCUGAGGGGCCUUGACGUUAAGGACAUGCUGCCGGCGAACCUCCGGCAGUACUACAGCUACCAGGGCUCGCUCACCACCCCGCCCUGCACCGAGAACGUGCACUGGUUUGUGCUGGCAGAUACUGUCAAGCUCUCCAAGGCCCAGGUUUUGAAGCUAGAAAAUUCCUUGCUGGAUCACAAAAACAAGACCAUCCACAAUGAUUAUCGCAGGACCCAGCGCCUGAACCACAGAGUGGUGGAAGCCAACUUCGUGUACCACUCUAAUCAGGAAUACGUUUCAUCCUCUGAGCUCCAGUCUCAACUAAGCAGGAUCAACAAAAACCUCCUGUACUUGAGAAGACUUCUUGAAGACAAGAGAGCUAGAAGGCGCCAGUAUUUUAAGUAGCCUGAAGCCUGAGCGAGGACUGAAGAGGAGGCCACCGCUGCAGCCACACCUUGCCCUGCCCACCACGACCCCUGGGCUCCCCCUGAGGCCACUGUUGAUUUCGGAUUAAACCAGGGAAACCAUCAUCCACAAAUGGCAGUGAGAUGGUUUGAAUACACGAGAAGGGAUCUGAGUCAGACGUCCCCAGUGGAAACUGAUAGGAAUAGAAAUCUAAAGGGAAAGGAGCCCCACUUACCCUCCUGCGAAAUCAGCACCUCAAUCUGCGAAAAUUGUGAACCAGCCCGAACCUCCCUCUAGCAUUGAGAUGUAAUAAAAUGAUUUUGGAAAUUUACCAUUUAA